UCAAAGUUUUCAUACUUUUUUCAUCUUUGAAGAUUCAUCUCAACACCUUCUUCAUCUUCCUCAUACCACCGAUUCUCCCUAUCUCCACAAUUAUGAAGAACCCUAGACAAUUGUAUAGUUCAAUAAUGAUGCAAGGGUUUGUUAUCAUUUCUCGAAACUAUCGAUCAAACCCGAAAGUAGAUUUCAGGAAGCUGAGGCCCAUGAUUCUCAAGAGGAUCGAGGAUCGGGCGAAAGAUUAUCCGGUGAAAGCCAUGGUUCCGGUUGCCCGUGAUGUUCUUAUGUCUAGAGCACUUUUGAUACAAGGCGUGUCGACCCUUCUUCAAGUAAUACCCGUCUGGUCUUGCAAAUUCUGUCCAGAAGUGUACAUCGGGGAAAAGGGUCACGAAAUAAAGACUUGCCGUGGUUACAAACGACAUGCGAAGAAUAAGCUUCACGAAUGGGAAAGAGGGGGCAUAAACGAUUUAAUAGUCCCGGUCGAAACUUUUCAUCUCAAAAACACGUUCCAAGAUGUAAUAAAACACGAUGAACGGUUUGAUUACAAUCGCGUACCUGCAGUCGUUGAACUAUCCUUACAAGCGGGUGCGGAUCUUAACGCGGAAGAAUUAUCAUCAACCAAGUUGGAAUGUUUAGGUGCGGAAUCAUUAUCGAAUGAUGAUCGGAGGUUAGUAGCUGAAGGAACGUUAAGGGCAUGGGAGGUGGUUCGAUCCGGUGUGCAGAAGUUGUUGAUGGUUUAUUCAGCUAAAGUUUGUAAAUACUGUUCAGAGGUUCACGUGGGCCCGUCAGGGCAUAAAGCGCGUAUGUGUGGUGUUUUUAAGUACGAGGGCUGGCGUGGGACCCAUAUGUGGAAGAAAGCUCAAGUUGAUGAUUUGGUUCCUCCGAAGAUAGUGUGGUUUCGCAGGCCUCAAGAUCCGAAGGUUCUUGAUGACAAAUGGCGGUCUUUCUAUGGACAUGCGCCUGCAGUGGUUGAUCUGUGUACAAAGGGUGGUGCUAUCGCGCCGCCCAAGUAUUAUUGCAUGAUGAAACUGCAGGGGUUACCAGCAAACGUCCCGUUCAAGCCUCGAGGUUGACUUUUGGGAUUGAGUUAAAUCUUCUUCUCAUAGGCGGGCCCCUGGCAACCAUGUCGAAUGUAACAUGUUCAAGCCAUGACCGACAGCCAUGACUGUAGCAUGGUUAGGCGUAACGGCUUUUCAAUUGGGUGCACGCCUUUGUUGAUAAUGCCACCGAGGCUUGUUGCGUAUUUAGUGUUCAGCUUUUUUACUUGUACUUUGAAGGGCGAAAUUGGCCCGAUGUAAGAGGAGAGUUUUGGGCUGGAAAAUAAUCACAAUUUUGUCGAUAGGUGCCACCUCUUGUAUCAAGCAAGCAUUACGUGUGUUCACAGUC